AUGGACUGGAUGGUUGUCAGCCGAGAUGUCCGUCAAAUGGAAGGGCCCGGAAUUAGCAGAUUCCAAUCGCUUCCCGAGGAUCCCGUUCCUUGGAAAAAGGAUGGAUGGAUGACAGACAGUUCCUUGAACUCAAACCCGUUCAGGGCAGCACCCAAAAGUCUGAGAGCUCGGACAAUACGAACGCAGGUACUUUACCUUUUCCUGACUUUCAUGCAAGGAGAAACGGGGUUUUCGUUGGCGGACGUAAACCCCGAAGAUGCGAUCCAAUUGUGGGUGAGAGCGAUGAUAAUCAACCCCUGA